AGAACUACAAAGAGUUCAAGAAUUUAAGUUUAUAUUGAGAAUGGUACACAUCGAUGAAUCAUUUUUGGUGAAAUGCAUUUGUUAGGUCUACAAAAUUACGCCCAUUCACUUUCUCAUGUCAUCAAUGCAGAGGGAAAUUCAAAAUGGCGCCGAGGCGAGCUGCUGAGGCGCGAAGGAGGUCACAUUUAUAUGAAUAGACGCCCUCCUGGCUGUCAACUGAAGCUGCAAGCCCAUGAGGGAUGGGAGAUGUCCAGGACUUGGUACUGCACCCAAGAAUACUGACCGCUGCCAGGAAAGCCAAGCUGCACAGGUAUGAGGAAGUGUUGAGGUUCUCCCCAGCUGACCUGGAGCGUCUGACUCACCUGUCGGCCAGGGACGUGGGACACCUGGUGAGGGAGGUGUCUGAAGCUGUCCGACACAGGAUCCAUGCUGCUACAGCAUUACAGUUGUUGCUAGGUGACUGCCCAGCAGAGCUGAAGGUGAAGUUCCUGAGCCUGGGCUGUCCUGUUCUGGAUGAGUUCCUGCGAGGUGGUGUCCCCUGCCAGGGUCUGGUGGAGAUCUCAGGAGAGAGCAGUGCAGGGAAGACCCAGUUUGGGCUGCAGCUGUGUCUGACUGUACAACUGCCAGAGAAAUGGGGAGGACUCAAUGCAGGUGCAGUGUACAUCUGUACAGAGGAUGCCUUCCCCAGCAAGAGGCUUGCCCAGAUGGCUCAACAGUUCCCUACAAGAGCCCUCGCCCCUGCAGAAGUCACCAAGAAAAUCAGAUUCUCUGACCAGAUAUUUGUUGAACACACAGCAGACAAGGACCAGCUGUCCAAAUGUAUCCAGUCCAGACUCCCACUCCUACUGGAGAGGGGAGUUGUAAAGCUGAUUGUGAUAGAUUCCAUCACAGCACUGUUUCGUGGUGAGUAUGAGAGUCGGGAGACAGCCCGGAGGGCGAAGGACCUUCAGUCCCUGGGCACGCAGCUGAGGAAAGUCAGCCAGAAGUACAAUGUGCCGGUGGUGUGCAUCAACCAGGUGUCGGCAGUUGUUGGUAAGAGAAGAGGAAAUGGCAACAUCUCAAGUUCUCAGAAAGUGAUCCCAGCCCUGGGACUAGUGUGGUCCAGCCUGGUGACCACACGGCUGAUGGUGUCCAGGACGGAACAUGUCGUGCAGUGUGCUGACGGCAGCCCUGCCGUGGUGCGGAGCCUGGAGGUCAUGUUUUCCCCUUAUCUCCCCAAUACUCCAUCAUACUACAUAGUGGAUGCACAGGGGGUCAAAGGGUUACGAUGACAGGGAAACAUCACAGACCUUGUGUUCUGCGGCCAUCUCCCAAGAGUUUAUCGUACAAAUGUACAAUCUGGUAGAUGUACAGGGGCAUCAAAGAGUUAAAAAUCGUGUCUGUCAAUAUUUUAUAUGGAACUUGUAUAUACAUGUAUUGUGAACAUGUGUAUGUAUAUGACUGUACCUAAUGAUUUUGUAAAAGUCAGCAAACAAGCUGAAUUUCUGCAGUUCAACCCACACGUGACAGGUGGCAAUUUUGAAAUAUGAAAAUACAAUGUACACUGCCUUUAGUAAGAAAGUGUUGUAUUCAAGGGCAUUUAGAAAUAAAUGUGGUAAGCUCCAUUAAAUGUUGAUAAAUACUCAUGAUUAUCUGGUAUUUGUACACUAAAGAAAUAUAUACAGAAAGUACAGCCAGUAAUGAAGCUGUACUACCUUUAACCAGUGACUUGCUGGCAGUAUUUGCAGUGUGGAUUACAGUGACUUGCAGCCAGUAUUUGCAGUGAGGAGUCUGAGACAGAAUGCUGUCAGAGUUUUUGUGGAGUUGACCAUUGGAAUGGGCUAGAGUUACAAUAGGAAUGAAUACAGUACUGAUGAGUAUAUUUGGUUUGAUUUCACUUACAUUUAAAGCAUCCAUGGUGAUAGAAACUACUAGAUAAAAUUUUGGUUGAAGUGUCUUCAGAAAGUGGUAUUAUGCAUUUGACCUCUGCAGGAAGUGGCCUUCAUGUCUAAUAAAGGCACAAAGGUCAUUUAACUCUCGUGUCUUUCAACUAUAUUUGUAAUGUGGUAGAUCUGAUGUUAGACCAUCCUAUAUAGUAUAAAUGGUCACCAUCAAUGUCACGGUCACUAGAAGUAAUGGAGGCCAGCACUUGACACAAGCAAGCACUUGCAGAUGUUGCAGUAUACUGAACAUACUUCUCUGAAGAUGCUAUGGCCUUACUUCAUGCUGAUGUACAGCAGUUAAUAAAUCCAGCCAGGGUAAACACCAAAUCCAGGACUGGUAUGAGUGACAGCAUUCCAAGAACUCUGUGGUGAUACCAACCAUGUCCUGUUCCCAUGGCAACAGCACAAGUCCUGGUCACCUGACCUCUUGUGGACAGGUGCAGGCAGGUUGUUCACACCAUGGUCUUGGGGUGGGUAUUCUGUGUCAGUACUGGUAGGGUUAACACCCGCCAAAUUUUGAAUUAGGCCACACUGAUCUAAUUUUAGGGAUGACAUCCGCACGCGCAUUUCUUUUUACCUGUUCUCAAAAAAAAAAAAUCACCUCCGACAAGGCUCUGGUUUGGGUGCUGUCCUUCAUAGCUAGGGAGCUGGCGGCAACUACAGAGAAUGGUACCAAGGCUCCGUGAAACUCAAGAACUCGGUACAGCGCAGACUCAGUAAAGCCACAACAUAACAGGCCAGCAUGUAAAAGUCACUAUGUACUACCACAAUACCAGCUUUGUAUUCCUUUGGUUUUGCAGUUUUUUUUCUGGCCAAAUUUUUCUCAUUCACCCAUGCACACUAGUUUGGGGGGCUUCAGAGGAUGUCAUCCAUAAAAAUAAGUCAGUAUGGCCUUAGCAUGGAAAUGCUUCACCCUAGAAGUGAUGCAAAUUGGAAGCCCUACAGACAGAAGGUGUGACUGAUCUAAUGGUGACAUUCCUAGCAUUUAUGUUGCAAACAAACGAAUGAUUGCAGUCAAACACACCAACACCAUUCCUCAGGUCCACUUGGUCAAAGGGAACCCUUUAUUUGAGUCAGAAAAUUGGAUUACCAGAAAACCAAAAAUGAAAUGGUCUGUACAUGUACAGUAGGUAAGGGAGAGGGGUGCACGUGCCAGUUAUAACUACCUGGAUUGCAGUGUGCAUGGCUUAACGCCGCCUUUCAGAAUUCUAGGGUUCCGACAUUCUGAGCGAUGCAACACAGGCUGCUAACAUCGGAAUAUGUACAUUUACACAAUUCAAGACUGGUCUAUGACACUUGUUUUACAAAUAUACAUUAUUAUUGCCCAUAAAUAGAUUUUGUACAUAAAUCGAGUCCAAUUCUUGCAGUUUGAAAUAGGCAACAUGUUUUGUAUACUGAAUUCCAAAAAUCCAACUACAGCUAAAUAGAAUUAAAAACAGUACAAACACAAGGUUCUAAGGCCAUGUAAAGAAUCUGAAGGCAAUAAAAAUGCAUGGCUCCAGCAUUGUGGCUAGCAAAAAAACAACGGGAACCACAUCUACAUCGUAAUCAAAGCCUGGCAUAUACUCCCUACGAGGUUGUUAGUAACUACAGAGCGUGCUGACAGUUAGAACAGGAGAAGUAAUGACGCCGGUUCCUUCCUAGUUGCACUGCCCUUCUGCAGGGCUCCCAGAUAUCUCAUAUAUACAUGCAGGCGAUGGCGACCUUACAAGCAUACCUUACAGCAUGUGUGGAUGGGAGCGAGAAUCAUCCUACUUUUGGCAAGUAGAGAAGAGGGCAUGUUGCACGGAUAUGGUACAGCUUGCACGCAUGCCAAAUGGGAAACAACCCCGACAUUUGUGCUUGUUAUACUAACGUCUAUUGCAGACAUUGUCAGAUAUGCAGAUCCUCUGACACAUCAGUUCUUAUGUGGCUUAUAGAAAAUGUACAGAUUUUUUACCAAUUUACAAUCUGGUAUGUUGGAACUAAGAUUCCUAUGGUCUUAAUCUGUAGCUUCUCACGACCAACAGUUUAUCUUAGCCUAACACUCUAACAAUCAACAGUGGGACUGCCUUCUACUUGGCAUGAUUUGUUACUGCCCUGAUUUACGGAGGUCAAAA